AUGUCUCGAACCGUAGUCGGCAUUGAUGUCGGCGGUACCUUUACGGACAUUGCCGUCCUGGAAGACGGUCGCCUGAGCGUUCACAAACUGCCUUCAACGCCGGCUGACCCAUCACUGGGUAUAACCCGGGGCAUCGAGGACACGGGCGUCAAUAUCCCCGAUGCCGACUUCGUGCACGGCAGCACGGUGGCCACCAACGCCCUGCUGGAGGGUAAGGGCGGCCGCACUGCGCUGAUUACCACGCUGGGGUUUGAGGACGUGCUCGAAAUAGGCCGGCAAAAUCGGGCCGACCUUUAUGACCUGAACAUGGAGCGUCCGGCGCCCCUGGCUCCCUGGGAGUUGCGUUUCGGACUGCCAGAGCGCAUCGACUAUACCGGCGCCAUCCUGGAAGACCUGACACCGGAAUCGGUGCAGGCAUUGCUGACCCUGCUGGAGCGGGCCCAAGUUGGACGGCGUCGCGGUUUCGUUCCUGUUUUCCUUCCUGAACCCCGUGCAUGA